GCAGAGUCAGAUCAGAUUUUCGUCAGUAUCGCGAACUCAGUCCGGCGCAAACGGCCAACAGGAGCUACCUACUACAGUCUACCUACCCCUCGUCAAGCGGAGCUUUGUAUUGAAGGAAGGCCCCUGCGGUGCCGAUCCGCCCCCCGCCGAGUCAGUACCUUGACACCCCGAAAAUGCCGGCCAUGCUAGAUGAUCCGGCGAGCCCCACCAUCUACCGGGUGUCCGGGGUAACGCCGUACCCGGACCCGAUGAACCCCUCCCUGCCGGCCGACAUCACCCCACGUCAAGUGACGCUCCGCGAUCGCCAGACCGUCGCCACAAUCAUCCCCUUUGCCUCGCGUCACGAAGUUCCCCCAUCUCUGGUGCGCUAUCUCAGUGACCAGCUCAACAAGGAGAUUGAGGGCGGCGACACCUACCCGAUGAUGGAGACCAUGACGGCCGAACAAUUCGGCGCCUACUGGUUCCAGAAUUUCGGCGCCGUCAUGUUAUUGGGCAACAUUGAGCAGCCGCACGCGGAGCUCAACGACGACAUGGACUGGUCCCGCGAGUGCCUCGGCAGCUUCUACAUCAAGCCAAACUACCCCGGCCGCAGCAGCCACGUGUGCAACGCAGGCUUCCUCGUCACCGACGCCUCGCGCAACCGCGGCGUAGGCCGCCUCAUGGGCGAGUGCUACAUCGACUGGGCGCCCAAACUGGGCUACACCUACUCCGUCUUCAACCUCGUCUACGAGACCAACGUCGCCUCGUGCAAGAUCUGGGACGCCCUCGGCUUCAAGCGCAUCGGCCGCGUAAAGGGGUGCGGCAACCUCGCCUCGUACCCGGGCACGCUCAUCGACGCCAUCAUCUACGGGCGGGACCUGCCCGUCCCCGGCAGCAACGGCGCAGAGUCGGAGGACCUCGUGAGUGAAGAGCGUUUCGACAAGAUCAAGUUUUAUUUGAAAUACGGACGGUAUCCGGCGGGUGCUGACCGCGCCGAGAAAAGCAGGCUCCGGAGCGCGGCGACACACUAUAAGCUGGUGGGGGAGGGGGAGGCCGGCGGCGGAAGCGAGAGGCUGAUGCUCAAGGACAAGGAGGUCGUGCCGGAUCCGAGGAGGCAGUACGAGAUUGCGCGCGAGGUGCAUGCCGCCGGCCACGGCGGGAUCAACAAGACGACGGCGACGAUUGCGGAGAAGUAUCACUGGAGCCGCAUCAAGGAGACGGCGAGCGACGUGAUUCGGAAUUGCGCUGAGUGUAAGGAGCUCGGCAAGACGCCUGCGCCGGGGGCUGGGAACGGGAGUGGUGCCAAGGGGAGGUCGGCGGCGGCGUUGGCUGCUGCUGGUGCUAAUGCUUCUGUCGCACCUCCGCCUGCACCGGUUGUGAAUCCCCUCACGAAUACUUCAUUUCAUCACACUCAUUCUACAUCACCGCCGCCGCCGGGCUUAUCAUCAGGACCUCCCUCAACUGUCCUCAGCGCCGCAGACCACGUCCUUUCGCUCCAACACCAACAUCGCCACCACCUCCCGCCCCUUUCACCUCCAAGAUCAUCUCCUUACGCGGAAGUCACCUCCCUACCGCCCUCCCACACCCUCCGCGACCCCUCAGCAUCCCCCUUACCGCGUGGCCACCCGCACCACAACCCUAUGCUACAAGACGAGUCCUUCCAGCCGAUUGAUCCCCAGAUCAUUGGCGGGCUGCAGCCGCCGGGGCCGACGUCACAUCAUGAUCUCCAUCAUCACCAUCAUCAUGAGAACCCGUAUAACCCGUACCACCCUCACCAUACCGACUUCCAGGCGCUUCUUAACGCGACGGAAGCGGAGGAGGAGGUAGGGGUCAUAGGGGAUAUGGGAGUCUCGGCGGAGGAGGCGGCUGCUGUGGAUCGGGACUUGGAUAUGUUGAUCGAGCAGGGGGAUGACGAUGAUGUUGGCGAGGGGGUGGGGGUGGAUGCGGUUAUGGGAGAGAAGGACGGGAGGGAGAAGGAUGUUUAUUCUAUAGAGUUUAUCAAUGGGUGAUGUUCCACGGGCGGGAGGAGUGCGACCUGGCGGUGACGGGGGGUCUGUUUGGCGUCUUGAAUACCAUGGAGUAAGGCAGCGGCGGCGGCGGCGGAUUUGUUCUUUUCUUCAUUUCAUCUGCUUGAUAGACUUUUCAUAACCUUACAUGGCAAGCAAGCAUAUCAGCAUUCCAGGCUUUGCUCAUAUAAACGAGU